AUGGAAUCGGGCGAUACACCUCUGUCAGAGUCAGCCCGGGCUCGCGAUUUUAUCGCAGAGCUCAGUGGUAAGAAUGGUUUCGUCGACAAAAAGUAUUGGGACGAGCUCAGCGAAGCUGGUCGCGCCAAGUUUCAGAGAGCCAUCAGCAGCCUCCAGAGCAAAUUGGAGCCCGCCAUCAAGGCGCUGGCGCAGAGUCUCUACAGCAGUACGGCCCGGUUUGUGUUUGAGCUCUUACAGAAUGCCGAAGACAACAGCUUUGUACACGCCGAAGGCCGCCCGUACGUCUCUUUCCACCUGAGCAAGGAUCGAUUGGUCAUUGAGUGCAACGAAGAUGGCUUCACUACAGCCAAUCUGGAAGCCAUCUGCUCAAUUGGUAAAAGCUCCAAGUUGGCCACUAAGGGAUAUAUUGGCGAAAAGGGCAUCGGCUUCAAGUCGGUAUUCAUGGCGGCAUGGAAGGUACACAUUCAGUCUGGACCCUACUCAUUCUACUUCAAGCAUCUCCCCUCCGAUAGUGGCAUGGGGAUGAUUACUCCAGUUUGGCAGGAGCCCACAGAGGAGCUGCCUCGGUACAUGACCAGAAUGACUCUCGAUCUUCAUACUGAGGGCGACCCUCAAAGCAUCCUAGCUCAGCGACACAGCAUCCGCCAGCAACUCCGCAAGCUCAACGGAAAUAUUCUGCUUUUCAUGAGGAAGCUUGAAGAGAUUCGUAUCAUCAUCGACGAAAACGAGGCCGAGACAUCAACUGUCUUUACCAAAAGCGAGACUGAUGAUAGCAAGGUCAAGAUACUCAAGACAGUGACGCAAGACGAUGGCGACAGUUCGGAGAGCUCCUCGACCCUUUAUCACAUCACCAAACACAAAGUAUACAAUCUCUCUAAAAAUGAGAAUCGCACCUAUUCAGAGGAAGAGGAUCUGUUGAAGGAGUACUCCACUGCCGAAGUCGUCCUGGCGUUCCCUCUCACGCCCGAGUAUGAGCCUGUCAUCGAGUCGCAGGAGGUCUUUGCCUUCUUGCCGGUCCAAACCGCGGGCUUCUCGUUUUUGAUCCAAAGCGACUUCAUGACAAAUGCCAGUCGAGAACACAUCGUCACCACUGCUGCGCGCAACAUUGGUCUCCGUGACGGCAUCUGCAUGGCCUUUAUCCAAGCGGCCUUGGAGUUUUGCAACCACGAGACUCUUCAAUACACCUGGAUGCAGUUCCUUCCCGACAAGGAAAACAAAGUGCACUCUGACUUUUGGUCCGCGUUGGUCACGGAUAUCGAGGCAAAAGUCCGUGAAACGCCACUGAUUCGGCCGGAUAGCGGUGGUCCUUUGCGCCUAAUCACGAGCCUUCGAAAUCCUCGUCCGCUCUUCGUGGACAAGGAAAACAAUCUUCUGCUCAGGGAUCUUACCCCGGAGCUCAGCAUAUCCCGUCGCUAUGGAAGUUCCAGUCUUGCUAUUCUUGAAAAUCUGGGAUUGGUAGGCUUUUAUCGGCAAGACAUCAUUCGCAUGAUCGAUCAAGACCUCCAGUCCCCAGAUUCUUGGCUGAAAUCCAGGGCUGCUGACGCCUUCCUGCAAUCAUUUGUCGCUUGUUUUCUGGAAAUUGCCUAUAAGGAUACGCAUAAUCGCGCGGCAAGAUCCAUGAUUGAGAAGCUACCCAUCAUUCCUUUGCAAGAUGGCCGUUGGCUCGCCGUGACAAGCGAUGAGAAGGUCUUCUUCCCGGACACAGCAGGGCUCACAGUGCCUGAGGACCUUGAAUUCAACCUCGUUGAGGCUUCCGCAGCCUUUCAAUCGGAACGGCGAAGGCUUUUCGAAACCCUUGGUGUUGAAUCGCUUAGCGCCGGCAGUGUUCGGGAGCGAAUCUUCCAAAGGCACAAGUCGUACUUGAAGGGUCCUGGGAAAAGAGUUGAAUUUUACGUACAGCAGCUCAAGUUCCUAUACUCUACACAUGAUCGCAAGACCCAUCAUUUGGACGAUUAUAGCAACGUUCUCCUGAUUGACGAUGGCAUCAUUCAGAAGACGGCUAGCUAUGAUGUCUACCUACCAGACGAUGAUCCCCUCGGACCGCGAGAGCUUCUCAAACCGAUCGAAUGUGACGAAAAGUCCGCUCAAAGAGCUCCAGGUCUCAAAGUCAACUUUAUACAGGAGAUGUAUCUCCAAGGAGUCCCACAGCCCCCGCAGGAAGACUCUCUCACCUGGAGGGACUGGCUUGUCGAAGUCAUAGGCCUGCGACGACUAUUGCGACUCGCUGAUAGGGUCUCAUCGCCUACGGAUCUGUCUCAGGCUUGCUACUAUGUUGCAGAACAUAGGCCAGAGAAGUUUUUUGCUUUUCUGCUUCACCAUUGGCCGCAGGAAGGGGGCCCCAUCAAGGCAAGCGCUGAACUGCAACAGAAACUGAAAAAGACCAAGGUCUUGUGCCAGGGGGGGAGAAUGCUAGAACUCGAAGGGACGUAUCUUCCUUUCCCAGACCUCUUGGCCCAGUCCACUAGGUUCUUGGCGGGGAAAGCCGAAUUUCCGUUUCUUCAGCUUGAGGAACCGAUAGAACGGACAGACUACAGCCUAAACUGGGUUUUCCUGACAGGCAGCCUUGGGGUCCAAAGUACGGACGAUCUUGGAUUCUACUUGAGGAUUCUGCUUGCAUUUGGCACCGUAGACUCCCCGACGGAAGAUGACUGUCGAAGAGUUCUUGAGCUAUACAGUGUUAUCCAUGGCAAUUACCUCCAGACCAUUAUGAAAGAGUUCAGCAAGCAGGUCAUCCAGUCAGUUUUUAAAGCGAACAGCCUCAUCCUAGUCCCUUCUGUGGACGGGAGGGAGUGUACCUGGGCUCUGCUGGCCGAUUGCUUAUGGAAAGGACCUGCGUGCUUGAGAAGCAGGCAUCCCCUCAGAGCACGCAUGAAAAGCUUCUUGGCCGAGUUUGCAAGUCUACCCAACUUGUUUGUUGACAUUCUACAGAUACCAGACUGCGACUAUUCUCACAUCAUGCAUGAGCUGGAAUACCUGAGCGACGACGGGGAUGUGGAACUGGAAAUUGCCUCCGGUUUAUACAAACAGCUCUAUACAAUGUGCAAGAGUCUACCUGCGAAGGUCCAAGAAGAUAUCAAAUCAGUAUUUGUCAACAAAAGCCUCAUCUAUGCCGAAAAGGGGGGUCAUGGAGCCUGGCACCAAGUGUCCAAGUGCCUGUGGGCGAGUGAAACUGAGCUCUCUGGGUGGGCGAUUCUCGAACCCCAUUACAAGGAUUUGUACAAAUUCUUUGUGAAAUUCCUUGGCGUCAAGACUCUCAGCUUAGAGCUGGUCUACGGCGAGCUUGACCGUUUGGGCUCAUCCUCAGACACCACCCGAGACCAGGUUGAGCCUAAUUUUUGGAUUCUUAACUCAUACAUCUCGGAAGGAGCUAUACCUUCAGAUGAAAACAUGCUUCUUGGCAGAAGAAUCUUCCCAGUGCGGUACCCAGAUGGCCAUGUUCAGCUUGAGAAGGCCACCACAGAGUUUGCCAUCGUCGACCGGGUGCAGCUUGGGGAUAUCUUCAAACCUAUGGCGAAAACGUUGGACUUUAACCUCGACCAAGUCCGGAAGCUUGGUCCUACUCUGAGCUGGCUGGGCUUAGGGGCGAGAUACCUUUCGGAAGCAGUCGUGGAAGUUUCCCGGGUUCAAGGAGCUAGCAAGGAGCCGCUGUCAACCUCUGCGCGGAGCAUCAAGCCAAGAGCACAUGCACUCUAUCGCAUUGCGUAUCAUUACAACAGCCCGCGACUCAACGAGGGCGCCCGUGCCCUUUACGAGAUUCUCAAGAACGCCCAAGUCUAUGAAACCGACGGGAUUGCGGCAACGCUCUACAUCAUCCAAGACGAUCGCGAAAGAUCCUACGAAAAGGGCCAAAGUGACCUUCACAUCGAGGAGGAGGAAGGCCAACUCAACAUCUUUGUUCCUCGUGACAAGAGGAACCAAGAGUCAUGCUACGCGAGGAAGCUCCCCUUGGGUCUCUUCAGAUGGCUUAUAACCCCUUCAGACGGGAGUUGGGUAGCACUGAACGAGAAGGGACUCAGAGUCACAGCAAGCAUUCUCAACUCUAGUCGCUUUGUUCUUUCUGAUAUCUUGGAGGAUGAGGGAAUUGCCGCCGGUGAGCUGGAGGACGAUUACGAAGAGGACGAGGAGCCUGAGGAGAUCCAGAAUGUUGAGGGUGCCCAGGCCAUUGAACCUCAUGUUGCUGGGGAGACUCGCGUUGUCGGAAAUGUUGUUGGCUCUUCAGAUCAAGAUCCGAUUGCUACCGCACCAUUGGCCGAAACAGAAGCUGAAGGGACUCCUCAUCUGGAAACCCUCGUUUCAUCACAACUUGCUACGCCGAGCGGACCAGAGGCAAUUCAUGGGCCUUUCUCGAUUCCAAGCCCUGAAAGUCGCGAAGUGGCUACAGGUCUUUCAGUUUCACACCACCCGGCGCGAUCGAGGCGAUUUUCCGGCUCAGACCUUGCCCAGGAAGUCAGCUACACUCAUGCAAGGAGUGAUUUCGCAACCACCGGUCACCGGCCGACAAUCCAGCCAAUUCUUGAUUCGCCUGCCCUGGCCAACCAGGAGACAGCCCGGUAUCAAGCCUUGCUAGAGAGGGUUGUAACAGCCGCUCGGACAACCCCAAGACUCCCAUCCGAGGGGACAUACAACAUGACCGGACUGUCGCAUGCUCUGAAUGAUCUCAUGGGGCAUAACAGCUACGAUGGACUCGAGCGUUUCGCGCGAUUCCGGUCUUCGUCUCAGCAGGAGCGCGACAGGAUGAUAGGUGCGGCUGGCGAACUCUAUGUGUUUGAGCUGUUGAAGAAUCUGAGUCCUAGACUCCCUGGCUUUUCGCUGGCGAACUGGAGGAGCACGAUCCGGAGUUACGUCUCAGUGCAUCCAGAUUACGCCAACAUUCAGCCCUGGAAUCACAAGGAGACCUCAGACAUCGAAUACAGUGACAGCGAAGGCAUUCUGACAGAGUUACUGAUCGACAAUGGGUACUUGGAGAGAGAUAUCUGGGAGCACAAGAGGUCAAAGUAUUAUCUCGAAGUCAAGACAACGACAGGACCAUGCGAAGCUCCCUUUUACAUGAGCAAGAGCCAAUACAGAUUGAUACACGAGUGUCAAGAUAGCAUGGACAAGAUUUACGUGGUAUUCCGUGUCUAUGAGGUCGAGAAAGCUGCGGCGCAGUUGAGAGUCUAUGUUAACCCGGCAAGGUUGGAGGAUACGGGACGUCUCAUUUACACCGCCGAGACAUGGUCUGUGAGGCCUGGUGCAGGAGCCUAG